GCUGACUGAAGUCAGUCCUUACUCACUCUGAGCUGACUGCAGUGAACAAAGGUCAUGCGCUACUUCUUUUUAUUGGUUUAUUGUUUAUCAGGUGCUAGAAGCUCAGAGCUGCUGAGCCGUCACAGGAGGGAAUGGACUACUGACUCGUUUGAGCUUGAGGAGGGUUAUCCAGGGCCAUUCCCAUAUGAGUUGGGCAAGGUGAAUAUUGAUAGGCAAAAUCGACUAACCUUCCAACUCUAUGGAGAAGGGGUGGAUGAGGUGCCGAUGGGAGUCAUCUCCAUUGACAAAGAGUCUGGCAUGUUGUACGUCCACAAGGCUGUGGACUAUGAGGAGUGGCAAAAACUUGAGCUAAUAUGUGAGGCCAGAAAGAUGGACGUGUCAACUGACACCAGACAGGUUACCAGGUUACGACUUGAGAUUUUCAUAAAGGACAUCAAUGACAACCCACCACGCUUUGAGAAUACUCUGUAUGAGACUACUGUUGAUCAGGAAAACACACAAGGCUCCAAUCUUUUGAAAGUGCACGCUACUGACAUAGACGAGAGCGGAACACUAAACUCAACCUUCCACUAUGAAAUCAAAUCUGUGUCUCCAAUUGUUAGAGACACUGAAGUCUUCGUUGAUGAGUCUGGAUACAUUUCAUUCAAAGGAUGUUUAAAUCAUGAGGUGGCUGAGAAGUUUACAUUAACGGUGGAGGCCAAAGACCACGGUGAAGUAGUCAGCCUGUCCAGUUCAACCACUGUUGUAAUUCAUGUACGGGAUGGCAACAACCACCUUCCAGUCAUCAGCGGUCAAACGGGCGCUGGUAAAGUGAAGGAGCUUGAGACUGGGGUCUCUCCUCUGAGGCUGCACGUGACAGACAAAGACACCCACCACACCUCUGCAUGGAGAGCCAGGUACACCAUACAUGGUGACGAGAGAGAGAACUUCAAGAUACUAACAGACUUAGAGACUAAUGAUGGGAUCCUGACAGUAGUUGAACCUUUAGACUUUGAGAAUGGGGCGCAGAGGGAGCUGCUGAUCUCAGUGGAAAACGAGGCACCGUAUUACUCCUGUGAAGUAAAAGAGAGGACGUCCUCAGGCCUCUGGAAAGUUGACACCAUUAAAGGCCAUGAUCCCUCUGGUGCAGCUGAACCUCAGUCUGUGAAAGUCACCAUUGAUGUGGAGGAUACCAAUGACCCUCCUAAAUUCAGCAUGACGGUGAAAGAGGUCGUGGUGAUGGAGAACGUACCCGCUGGAACCUGGGUGGAUAAAGUGACAGCUGUGGAUCCUGACUCCAGUUAUUCCAAAGAGUUUGUGUACAAGGUAGGAAAUGAUCCUGCUGGCUGGGUGACGGUGGAUCCCCUCACAGGAAACAUCACAAUGAUAAAGACGCCCGACAGAGAAUCUCCACACGUUGUUAACGGCACCUACACCAUCUUAGUGUAUGCAGUUGACAAAGGUAUACCACCAAUGACAGGAACAGCUACACUACAUAUCCAUGUGUGGGACCAGAAUGACAACGUGCCACAGCUAACAGUGGACAGCCUGGAUGUGUGUGUGUCUGAUGCCCCCACAACCACCAACAUCGAGGCCUUUGACCCAGAUGAAGCCCCUUAUGGAGGGCCUUUCACUUUUGAACUGUUGGGAAAUGUUGAAGGAAAAUGGAGACUGAAUCCUGGUUAUGGUUACACAGCUGGUCUGGUGAAGGAGCCCGGUGUGUCCUAUGGUCAACACACAAUUCAUCUAAAGAUCUCCGACAUGCAGGGAGCAUUUAAAGUUUACAACCUCAGUGUGACUGCAUGUGGCUGCACUGUGACACCAAACUGUCGAAUUCGCCAGAAAUCUGAAAUAAACAUUGGCCCUUAUGCUUUAUGCAUAAUAAUUUGUUCACUCUUACUACUUCUGUUUCUGCUGCUGCUGGCUCUCAGCAUCUCGUCCAAAAGAGAGUUUAUCACUAUGGAGCCUGAAGAUUGUUCAGGAGGAAUCCUCCUCCAAUCAAACACUGAGGCACCAGGAGACAACUGCGAGAUUCCUGUCACUAUUAUGGAAGAACCAGUUUGUAUGGAGCAAUAUAAUCAAUCUAAUUUCCAUAUUCCACUGAAUGGGAUGAGAAAUGGGAGAUAUUCAGCAAGGGAUUUUACACAGAGGUCCAUCCACCCACGCUUUGGGGAUUUCAGAAGAGAAAGCCAAUACAGCCAAUACAGCUACACUGGGAACCAGUCAAACUGGAAUUCUCCAAUAACCACUAGCUUUGACAGCAGCCAUCAGUUUGAAGACAUGAGCAAUAUGAACGUCCUCCAAACACAAACCGUGAGCUGUGCUACGGAGUCUAAUGACAUGCAGGUUCAUCAGCUAACCUCUCUGCGGGAGAAAGAAGGGGACUUGCUAGACGAUGAGCUUCACAUCUAUUCAGAGCUAGACUCAGACACCAUCCCAGAGCUGGAGGCAAUCAGUAUUUCUGAAGAGGGCUCAUUUCAGGACACACUGGAAGAUCUGGGUCCAAAGUUUCACCAACUGGCUUCUAUAUGCAUGACAGCCAAGGACUCACAACCUAAGGAAAUCCACUCACCAUGUGAGAAUUUAAGAAGAGAAAGCCUGUCCUACCAACACAGCUACCCUCAGAACCAGGUUGUACACACCCAUAGAAGAGCAAGGAUGUCUUACAAAAGGAUCUUAAAAUAUUAA